AUGAGCCAAUGGGAACUUUCAUUGAAGGUUAGCCGCACUGUAUGGAUACGAGUUUCCAAAGUCAUGUCGUUGCCAACAUUUGUGAGAGCGGCGCGACCACUCGUGAGAACCUUAUACAACGACACCCGAAAUAAUCUAAUGAUUGGUAAAGAUACUAAAGUCAUCAUCCAGGGAUUCACUGGAAAACAGGCUACAUUUCACGGGAAACAAAUGAUCGAGUAUGGAACGAAAGUGGUCGGAGGCGUCUCACCAAAAAAGGCGGGAACGCAACAUCUUGGGUUGCCUGUCUUUAAGACAGUAGCUGAAGCGAAGGCUGCGACUGGCUGCGAUGCCACUAUCAUUUACGUUCCCUACCAAGUAGCAGCUAAAGCAAUUGAGGAAGCUAUGGAUGCUGAGAUUGGCCUCAUUGUGUGCAUUACGGAAGGAAUCCCGCAACUGGAUAUGGUUCGAGUGAAGAGCAAACUUGUGAAGCAAAACAAGACACGUCUUCUCGGCCCCAACUGCCCAGGGAUUAUUGCAUCGGAACAAUGUAAGAUCGGCAUCAUGCCCGGUCAGAUUCAUAAGAAAGGAUGCAUAGGUAUUGUGUCACGUUCGGGAACUCUGACCUACGAAGCGGUACACCAGACGACAUUAGCCGGUCUUGGACAAACCCUAUGUGUCGGGAUUGGAGGUGAUCCAUUCAACGGAACCAAUUUCAUUGACUGUCUCGAUAUUUUCAUGAGGGAUCCUAAUACCAAAGGGAUAAUACUUAUUGGCGAAAUUGGCGGCGUCGCAGAAGAGCAAGCAGCACAAUUCAUAAAAGAUCACAACAGCAAAGGCCAGGGAAAGCCAGUUGUUGCAUUUAUCGCAGGUCUUACAGCUCCACCGGGAAGACGCAUGGGUCACGCAGGAGCGAUUAUCGCUGGAGGAAAAGGAACGGCUACCGACAAGAUAGAGGCACUGAGAGCUGCUGGCGUUCACGUUACCGAUUCGCCGGCCACGCUUGGCUCAACUAUGGCUCAAGUCCUGAUUCAUGGUAACCCUUGA